AUGAUUCGGCUCAUACUACUCCUGGCGGCCGCCUGUGUUAUGGCAUAUGGAUGUCCCAGUAUCAUCAGUAAGUCAACCUGGAGUACUAGAAAUACAAACUGCAGAGAGGAUUUAAACACUCCGGUCCCUUGGGUGAUCAUCCAUCAUACAGUCACCCCGCCCUGCACGUCAACAGCUGCUUGCACCACACAGCUGAGGAACAUUCUACAACAUCACACCCGUACUAAUGAAUGGUGUGAUAUUGGUUACAACUUUAUCAUUGGCAAUGACGGCAACAUAUAUGAAGGUCGUGGCUGGUCAAAAGUUGGGGCUCAUGCCAAAGGUUCCAACUCUAAAUCCAUUGGGAUCUCUUUUAUUGGAAACUUUAUGAGCGGUCUUCCAUCUCAAGCCGCCAUAAACGCAGCCAAACGUCUCAUCCAAUGUGGGGUCAACCUCAAGAGGAUCAGAAGGAACUACACCCUGAAGGGUCAUCGCGAUGUCUUCAACACUGCGUGUCCUGGAAAUGCUUUAUAUAAUAACAUCAAAACAUGGGGCAGGUUCAAGGCUGGCAGGCAGUCAUUGCCAUAGGGAUCAAUGCCUACUGCAAGAAUUGUAGCAGAAUAAAGCUGCACGCUGCACUUAUGGUGUCUCCUGUAUUUCAUCGCAACUGGGGAAAACAUAAAAAAAGAAAAUUCAUAAUAAACUCUAGGUCUACACAUUUAAAAUGAGCCCAUUGCAUAGCUCCUUGAGGUGCUGUUCAUGGUUACUCAGUGGUAUUCUUUUUUAUGCACCAAUAAACAUCUAUAGAUGCUUUCUUCUCCUGGGGAAAAGUCAAGGGUGGACUGGAAACUUAGGCCGGGUUCACAUAACCAUUUAGUUUCUCGUUCUUCUGAUCCCUCAGAAGAACUGAAAAAUAAACAAAAAAACAGAUCCUGUAUUUUAAGCAUUCAUUAUGCACAGUUAUGCACUUUUUGCAUCAGUUUUAGCCAUUUCCGUCAGAGAUCCAUUAUUUUAGACGAAAUAAAAAAACAUUUUUCCAUCUAAUCCUUAAAAAUUAGAGCCUCCCGUGGUUUGUACAGCAUGACCAUGGGAGAUUGUUGGGAGGGAAGCGUUCCUUCCCAACAAUCUGCUGCUUGCCCAGAGAUGAGGAGGAGCGAUCGCUAACGCCAUCCCUCUUCGCCAUAAUGACUCGUUGUUUCCCGGCAGCAGAUUGUGUUUACACAGCACGAUCUGCUGCCGGGAAACAAGGAUUUUUGUGUUCGCACAAACCAACCAAUUACUCGAUGAACGAGCGUUUCACAUUUAAACCACCAGAUCAGUGUUAAUGACUGUUACUAUGAACACUCGUUGGCAAUAAUCUAUGCGAUUCUCGGCCCAUGUAAUGGACCCUUUAAACAUAACUAAGUCUUUUGUAACGUAGAAUUUAUGACAGCAGCAGGCUUUUAGUGCAAUUCUUCUCUAGUUCAGGCAAGGAUAUAGAGGCAGGUUGAUUGGUGGAUAUCAAAAAUAGGCCUUAGAUCCAAUUUUUUUACCAAAUUAGUAUAUGGUACCAAUAUCUAUAGUGAAGAACAUUAUAAUUUAAUUUGACUAAUGGACCUGAAUACCUGGUUUAAAAUGAUUGACGAGGGAAGAAACAUAUAUUUAUAUAUACAAAAAAUAAAAUAUAAAAAUAAAAAAUAAAUCAAUUAAUAGAACAUAAUUAAGGUUGUAAGUACAACAGAAAUCAAGAAUAUUAUGGGAAAUAUCCACCAUGGAGCUGGAGCUGUACUCCCUUAAGAACUAA